AAUGUCAAAAAUAUUUUGGCGGUUAUAAAUAUUAUUAGAAUUAAUAAUAUACAAUAAAAAAUCAAGAGGAAAAUAAUAAAUUGACAACAAGCACAUGUUUGUAAUGAAUAUGCAAUAAAGUAGAUUUUGUUGGGUAUCUUAUAUUUGUAUUGUGUAGCUUAAACUGAAGAAAAUUAACCUGACUUAGCUCAUAUUUUGCCUUCAAUAUGUUGUUUAAAAUAAAAUCUAGUAUUGAUAAUGAAAUCGAUCUGAAGCCAGUGUCUAUUGAGAGACAGAAUAUUGAUUAUAAGGAUUGUUCUAAACGUUUCUACGAAGUAUCCAGAGAUUUCACUAAGCAAUACGCACAUAUAUAUUCAGCGAGAUUAAAUGCAUUUAGAGACAUCUUAAACCCAUUAAUACAGAAAAAAUGGUCUAAUAAAUACAAAGUUUUGAAACUGUGUGACUUACGUGAGAAAGGAGAACCCUGUGUAAUAAUAGGAACACUUUUCAAACUUCAAGAACUUAAGCCUAGUAUCUUGAAGGAACUUUCAGAUCAACUGGAAAUUAUUCCGCAGCCAACAAGGACUCAUUUUGUUCAUGAUACAGACACUUUAGUAUUAGAAGAUGAGCUUCAAAGAAUUAAAUUAUCUGGAGAUGUCAUUAAUGUGAAUGAAGUAGUCACUGGAGUAGUUGUUGCUAUACUUGGUUCUGAAGAUGAGGAUGGUAUUUUUUCUGUAAAAGAUGUGUGUUGGGCUGGCUACAACAUACAAAAACCUUUGCCACAAUUGAGUACUGACAAGUACAUAGUGCUCAUGUCUGGCUUGAACCUAGCUUCAAAAUCUGCCGAUCAUCUUUUCUCACUAAAUCUUUUCUUGGAAUGGCUCUCUGGUUUUUGUGGAUCAACUGAAUAUCAAGAAGAAGUUUCUAAAAUUGGAAGAGUCAUAAUUGCAGGUGGAAUAUAUGCCAAUCAUUCAAAUGAAAGUAGCCUAAAUGAGGCUGAUGUGAUCGCUGCGUCAGGAGAAGUUGAUUCGUUCUGUGCUGCCAUCAGCUCUGUUGCACCUUUGGACCUCAUGCCUGGCUGUAAGGAUCCCGCUGGAAUAAUGCUUCCACAAAAACCAUUCCAUUAUUGUUUAUUCCCAAAGGCGACAGAAUAUAAAUCAUUUAAUCGAGUUUCUAACCCUUAUGAAUGUGAUAUUGGUGGUUUCCCUUGCUUAGGAACUUCUGGGGAGGCAAUAAAAGAUAUUAUUAGGUAUAGCCAACUGGAGAAUAGAAUAGAAAUCAUGAAUAAGACAUUAUUAUGGAGGCACAUGGCCCCCACUUGCCCUGAUACCGUUCCAUGCACCCCAUGCUUAGAUACAGAUCCUUUUGCAAUGUAUAACUGUCCAGCCAUAUAUUUUAGUGGCAAUGGACAUGAGUUUUUAACUGACUUAUAUACAGGCGAAGAUGGCCAAAAAGUGCGACUAAUCAGUAUUCCGGAUUUUUGUGAGACAAAAACGGUGGCUAUUUUGAAUUUGGCAAAUCUUGAAUGUUAUAGCAUGACCUUUGCAUAAAUCUUAUAAGUAAAUGUUUAUUUUAAUUAUUUUUUUAAUAAAUAUUAUGAAAU